AUGGCCAGUAUUGCUAAAACUUCGGUGAUUCCUCCUCAACCUUCCACUGAAAGAAAUUUCACCUCGAGACUUUCCUAUGAUAAGACUACCAAUUGUAUAGGUUAUGCUAGUGGGAAAUCCGCGUUUAUUCGUAGUCUUGAUGAUGAAUCUUUAGAAAAAAUUCCAAAAGUUAUUCAAUUUACUGGACAUGGUAAUGCAAAUGUAACUGUUGUUAGAUUUUCACCAAUUCCACAAUCUCAAUAUGUGGCCUCAGGUGAUGAUCAAGGUAAAGUCAUUGUUUGGGGAUGGAGUUUAAAUAACGAUAAUAACUGCGUUGAAAUAAAUGUAAAGGCUGAAUUUCAUGUCCUUGCAGGAAAAGUUACUGAUAUUUCAUGGGAUUUUGAAGGUCGUAGAUUAUGUGUUGUCGGUGAAGGUAAAGAUAGAUUUGGUGCCUUCAUUUCAUGGGAUUCCGGUAAUUCCUUAGGUGAGAUCUCUGGUCAUUCUCAACGUAUUAACGCAUGUCAUAUGAAACAAUCUAGACCUAUGAGAGCAAUGACUGUUGGUGAUGAUGGUGCAGUUGUAUUUUAUCAAGGUCCACCUUUCAAAUUUGCUUCAAGUGAUAGAACUCAUCAUGAACAAGGAAAAUUUAUUAGAGAUGUUGAAUUUAGUCCAGAUUCCGGUAAAUAUGUCAUAACAGUUGGUUCUGAUAGAAAAAUUGCUUGUUUUGAUGGGAAAACUGGUGAAUUUUUAAAAUAUAUUAUCGACGAAAAAUCACCAAUAAAUGGUGGGAUUCAUGCAUUAUCAUGGUUAAAUGAAUCUAAAUUCGCCAUCGCAUGUGCUGAUGCUACUGUUAAAGUCUUCGAUGUUGAAAAUGAUAAUUGUCUACAAACUUGGAAUAUUCAUGAUUCUACUUUAAAUGAUUCUCAAGUUGGUUUAGUGGCUACUGGAGAUGAUACAUUAAUCUCUUUAUCUCUUGAUGGUUCUUUAAAUUUCUUUAAAUUAGGCGAAGAUGAUAUGCUAAAAUCUAUAAAAGGUCAUAAUAAAGGUAUCACCGCUAUGACUGUUAAUCCAUUGGUUUCAGGUUCAUUUGAUGGUAAGAUUAUGGAUUGGGAAGUUCAACCAGCAAAACUAUAUCAGGAACACACUAAUUUAAUUACAACAAUUGACUCUAGUGCAUAUCCAAAGAUUGCCUCUGUAUCCUGGGAUGAUAGUCUUAAAAUUAAUGGUGAGACUAAAUAUGAAUUUGAAAGUCAACCUAAAUUUUCUCAAACAAAUUCUUCUGGUAUUACAGCUAUAAUUACAAAUAAUGACAUUUUACAAAUUUUAAAUACAUCUGAGGCAACAAGUAUUGGUGAACUAAAAUUGAAAGAAUCUGCUUCAGCUGUCGGUAUAUCAGAAUCUCUAGUUUCCAUUUGUUAUGAAAAUUCCAAGAUAGUGGAGGUCUUUAAGAUUGUAGAUUUGUCUGUAAGUUAUACAUUAAAGACUGCAUUACGUGCAAAUGCAACAUCCAUCUCAAUCUCUCCAAAAGAAAAUUAUUUAGCAGCAGGUGAUGCAUCCGGUAAGAUUCUUCUAUUCGAUCUAGAGACAAAGGAUGUCAAGACUUCUAGAUGGGCAUUCCACACAAGUAAAAUUAACAGCAUGAGCUGGAGACCAGCUGUUGAAGAUGAAACCCAAAGUUAUCUAGCAACUGGUUCAUUGGACACAAACAUCUGUAUUUACUCAGUUGCUAGACCAAUGAGGGUUAUCAAGUUCAUGAAUGCACACAAGGAUGGUGUCAAUGCCGUUGCAUGGGAAAAUGCAGAUGUUCUUAGAACUGCUGGUUCUGACGGUUGUUUAAACACAUGGAAGGUAACGUUUGAGUGA